AUGCAGCGCCCCGGGCCCUUCAGCACCCUCUACGGGCGGGUCCUGGCCCCGCUGCCCGGGCGGGCCGGGGGCGCGGCCUCUGGCGGAGGCGGGAGCAGUUGGGGCCUCCCGGGUUCCCACGUGCAACCUCCUGGGCGCCCGCAGUCCGGAACCCACGGCCGCACUACUGCCAGCGGCGGGGACGCCAAUUGCGUCUGCCCGUUCCCCUCCACGAUGUCCAAGGCCGAGGAGGCCAAGAAACUGGCGGGCCGUGCGGCCGUGGAGAACCACGUGAAGAAUAAUCAAGUCCUGGGAAUUGGAAGUGGUUCUACAAUUGUCCAUGCUGUGCAGCGAAUAGCUGAAAGAGUGAAACAAGAGAAGCUGAACCUCGUCUGUAUUCCCACUUCCUUCCAGGCCCGCCAGCUCAUCCUGCAGUAUGGCUUAACUCUCAGUGACCUGGACCGACACCCAGAGAUCGACCUUGCCAUUGAUGGUGCUGACGAAGUAGAUGCUGAUCUCAAUCUCAUCAAGGGCGGUGGAGGCUGCCUGACCCAGGAGAAAAUUGUAGCUGGCUAUGCCAGUCGCUUCAUCGUGAUCGCUGAUUUCAGGAAAGAUUCAAAGAACCUCGGGGAUCAGUGGCACAAGGGAAUCCCGAUUGAGGUCAUCCCGAUGGCCUAUGUCCCAGUGAGCCGAGCUGUGACCCAGAGGUUUGGGGGCGAGAUUGAGCUCCGAAUGGCUGUCAACAAGGCCGGUCCUGUCGUGACGGAUAAUGGGAAUUUUAUCUUAGACUGGAAGUUUGACCGGGUGCACAAAUGGAGUGAAGUGAACACAGCUAUCAAAAUGAUCCCAGGUGUGGUGGACACAGGUCUCUUCAUCGACAUGGCUGAGAGAGUCUACUUUGGGAUGCAGGACGGCUCAGUGAACAUGAGGGAGAAGGCUUUCUGUUGACCCUGUGGAGGGGCGUGUGGGGACGCCGAGUCCCCAGCCCUCAGCUGGGUGGAUGUGCCUCUCCACGAGCCUUUGCCUUAACAUACCUGUGCCAGACGGGAAGCUGGCAGGAUGAGGGGCUGGGGGUAGUAGCUCCAGUCUUUUGAAGUAUUGUUUCUAAGUAUCUUUUUAAAAAGAGAAAUAUAAACAUAUAUAUUUUUACUAUUAUAAAUACUCAGUUUUUUUUUAUAAGUAGAACUUGAUUUCAUGUUUUAUAUGAAAAUUAUUUACCAAAAAAAGGGAGGGGACUGUCUUUUAAACUUUUAACUUGAGCCUGCUGGUUAAGCUUCUGAAUAUUGGGUUUGCCAAGAAAUGUAAAUAAAAACUUUUCUUUUAACUGGUGAAAUGAAGAGUCCAGCCAGCAGCGAUUCGCUGAUGCCUUACUGGGAGCAUUCGAGUUUACUCUUCCACUGCUGUUCUGUUUUUAGUUUUUGUUGCCAUCACAACACAAUACCUAGUUACAUAUUUUAUGAUGAGGUUUACAAAAGGCUGGUGAGUGUAAUAGUUGUGGUGUUAGUGCCUCAGAGUGCAAACUAUCAGGGAGAAGAUGCAGUGGUUCUUCUGCUGAGAUCAGAAGGGCUUCAUCGGGAUCGCUGCUGCUGGAGGCAAUUGGCCAGAAACACUUGCCAGUACUGCCAGAGCACUGCUGUGAAAUGUGAACUACCCUGAAGUGACUGUUGUGUUGUUGUUAAUGUUUUCCUUUGUUAUUACUUGCAUGGUUUGGUAGCAGAAGUUGUCACCUCCUUAUAUUGUUUGAGGAUUGAAAUAAAAGAGUAUGGUGCCA